CUGGGCUGUGCAAAAAGGUCGGGCAAUUUGUAAUGCUAUGAAGCACUGUCUGCUUUCAAACACACACGGAUGGGUUUUCUUUAUUUUUUCUCGUCUCAGUCUUAUCGAUCAUUAAUUAAUGUGAAAAGACGGAUAACCUGAUAAUAGAACUAGCAAUACCGGAUGUCCCCACGUUACCGUACUGUGAUUGAACCAAUCCAGGUCUUGUAGAGAUCAGACAAUGAUACAAAGGAAACGAAACAAGGAGACAUGCGAGUGUAUUAAGGAAGCGGCUGUGAUUUUAGUAGCGUACAGUCAGUCACAUGUUUAUCUUGUAUUGAUCAUAUGAAUAUCGCGUUCAAAAAUGACAGCUGGAUCCAGCCAGCGGAAUGCAGCAGUGGUCUUAUUGAUCUUUCAUUUAUAUUUAUAUGGGAGUUAUCAACUGACUGAGUUACAGGUAUGUCAUCUCUGCAACAGAACAGUGCAGAAUAGCACCGCUCUGGGCCAGUUCUGUUCCGCGUCUGCGGGCUUGGUUGACGGAUGCUGCUGCCUGCUGCGAAAAGAAAACACCAGCAAUGCUGACUACGUCAUCGGGUUGGACCUAUCAAACUGUUCUCUAAGUCAUGUCGAGGACCUUCAAGAGGCAUCAACAGCUGCAAUGAUAGAUAUCUCACUGAACCCCAUAGUUCAACUGAACAAUUCACUGUUUCAAGGCUUCAUUCAGUUGGAUAACCUGAUUCUGCCUGUCAACCUGACCUGUCCAGGAGGCAAUGCAUCAUGGAAUAAAAUGGAGGUCAAAGGGGACACACGUCACUGUGAAGGACAGAAGGACAUCUGCAACCAGACCGGACAUCUGUCGUUGAACUGCCCUGAGAACUCCUUCUGUGCAGCGUACGGUCCGGGCUUCUUUGAGUGUAGCUGUGUGGACAACUUCCAUGGAUACAAGUGUCUCCGAGAGGGGAAGUUCCCUAUAAUCAAGGUGUUCGGGAUUCUAGGGGCCUCCACAGUCCUGGUCUCCAUCCUGCUAUGGGUCACCCAGAGACGCAAGGUCAAAUCUGCCUGAGGUUGUACCCACUCCCCUGGUCUGAGGCCUGGUCCUGGGACUCUAUUUGGAAAACACUUGUUUUCCAGUGAUGCUGACAUGAAGAGACAGGGGGGGAAAAAUAUGUGACCAUUUUAAAACUGACUUUAGCGUGGAAAGUCAGUGUAUUCUAUGGAGACAGUUGUAUCAUUGACCUUUAUAGUUUUAAUCGUCUGUUUUGAUGGGGUUGUUAAAUCUUUGUUUUAUCACCACAGAUGUUGCAAUUGUUGUAGCCUUUAAAAAAAAACAACCUUGCAGACAUUUCCUUAGAUCAACAUGAAAUCUAAGAGAUUGUGAUGCGGGACAAUACAUGACCUCACUUUAUGGUCUACAGUUUGUGCCAAAUCAUGUUUAGAAAAAGUUGACUAAGAUGCUUGGGGCCAGUUUCCCGGGACAUCGACUAAGCCUCGUACAGGACUAAAACAUCUAUUUCAAUAGAGAUUCUCCAUCGAGCAUGUUUUUAGUCCAGCACUACGGUUAAUCUGUGUCUGGGAAAUCGAACCUUAAACUUGAUAAAUUAAGCAUGAAUUGUAGUAGAAGCAAUAAUAUGCAGUAUAAAGAUGCAUUAGGCCCCCCCCCCCCCCCUAAUUUUUGGGGAAAACUGACAAAGAUAUCGAUGAAUUAAUUACAUCAUGGGGAGACAUGAGCAAAACACAUUUGCAGAGAGUACUGCAAAUGUUGAAUUGUUGUUGUGUGUACAGAUUGUUCAUGUAAUAAUACAUUUUUGCUGUUUGCAUUUUGUAUUUCAUCUUGGAUUAAAGAAGAUAUGAUAUACUGACAAUAUAGAUAUGAUAUACUGACAAUAUAGAUAUGAUAUACUGACAAUAUAGAUAUGAUAUACUGACAAUAUAGAUAUGAUAUACUGACAAUAUAGAUAUGAUAUACUGACAAUAUAGAUAUGAUAUACUGACAAUAUACUGUCUAUUGAACAAAAAUAUAAAAGCAACAUGUAGUGUUGGUCCCAUGUUUCAUGAGCUGAAAUAAAAGAUGCCAGAAAUUUC